GUAAAAUGAGGUUGGAAACUUGAUGAGCUGGCGUGGCUGUGCGGCGCAUGACAUUAGCGUGGCGCUUGCGGCCCGAAUCUCUGCAACUUCCUGGUCUUUCCGGGCGCUCGGCUGUGCGCUGUCAUCUGUCACACAACAGGCGUCUCACUCUGCAGAAGUCGCGAACAAGCAGUCAAAAGAUCAUGUUGACGGGAAAGACGUGGCUUGACGAGAGCAAGCGCUGUUGACAGCGAGAUGCGGGGCACCUGCAGCAGGCCAAAUCCGCCAGGCUGAACACCACAGCUUCGACAGUACAGCCACUUCUUAUUGUUAAAGUCGCUAUCCUCGUACCUGGCUGUACAGCGGUGACUAUCUCGGUGUUGGUCAAGUGACAUGACAUACGCAGUAUUCGAGCGCGCACAGAAUGACUCUGGAAGGCAGCAGCAACACUUCGGCGCGGCAGUUGCGUCAGCUGGACAUUGAGCGAAAUCGUCAGUUCUCUCAUCCCUCGAUUGACUCCGGUCGCGAAGAAAUACGCCUUGUCCGCAUCUGUCCGGGUACAUUUCCAGACCCAAUUCAUGCUGAAAUGAGAGGUACGACGGCCUUCUACGAAUACACGUACACGGCUCUCUCAUAUCAGUGGGGAGAGACUACAGUGGAGGACGAUGUUACACAAAUCCUCCUGAAUGAUCAAAUCUUCUGGGUGCGAAGGAACCUCUGGGAGUUUCUCAAUCGAGUCCGAGUCGAUCCUUUACUCUACCCUCGUCUAUUCUGGAUUGACGCGAUUUGCAUCAACCAGAAUGCAGACGACAACACGGAGAAGAGCCUGCAGGUUGGUAUGAUGGAUCGAAUCUAUGGCAAUGCGCAUAAGGUGAUAUGCUGGCUUGGUGAGCCUCCUACAAGCUUGGAGGGAGACUUGAGGGAUCUUCGAAAAUACCUUAUCGAAGAAACGACCGCGGACAAGGAAGUUUGUGCAUUGCGAGGUUUGAAGUAUCUGAUGCACCGACCAUAUUGGACAAGGAUGUGGAUCGUGCAAGAGGUGGUACUUGCGCGUCGAGUCACACUCAUGUGCGGUGGAUUUUACUACGACUGGGCUCGAGUGUUGGAUCUUUGGGAUGAUCAACAUGAAGAGCCGGGCCUUGACGACUUUCAUUUGAACCUGGCUGAGAAAGAGCGUGCUGUACUGCAGUAUACAGGAAAGCUUGACAAGAUGCAGACGCCGAAAUCACAGUCAUUUUUCGUAUCCAUGGUUGAUUGGGGAAGAGCUGAGGACGUCAUCCGUUGGAGUCGACGCCUGGACCCGUAUCGUCGCCGGCCAAACAUCGAUAUCUGGAAGCCUGGAUUCGAUUUGAUCGAAACACUCAACGCUUUCCAGAAUCAAGAAUGCACAAACCCUCUUGACCGGCUUUAUGGUCUGUUGGGCCUUUCCAAGGAGAAGAUUUGUACACCAGAUUACAGCAAGAGCCUCGUGGAUUUGUAUGCAGACGUCAUGCGACACGUGCUCGGACAAACCGUACGAAGCGGAAACGAGAACGACGAGACCUAUGGCGUGCCUGUACCCCUACUUUGUGCUGGCUCCACCAAUGGUUGCGGUGCAAGGCUAUGUUCACCUUUUUGCUUUGUGCAACACUAUCUGAGAGUUCCAGACGACGACGUACAGGAAGCUCAGAAAAUGAUCGAUCUCAGAUUAGUGAGUCAGCAUGGCUUUGACUGGAAGGCUACUCAUCCAUGGAUUGUUGUGCGACGAAGUCAUCAAGCAAACCAGGGCUCACAUCAAUUAGACGUUGUAGAAUGAUUGUUUUGCUAUGCGUCGCAAAGAACAAGCUCGAUUGCUAAGAAAAUACUGAGCGUCUUCAACACGGCAA